GUUGAGGUUUUUGGGGCUUUUUUGUUUCUAUUUCUUUAUCUCUUUCUUUUUCAACAGCUACAAGUGGGUUCUCAGCUUCCAGAAAUUAUGUUAUUUGAACGUAUAAAUAAUUCUGUUGAAUCUGUAAAUAUAUCAGAACUAUAUCGCAGUAAAAAAGGGGUUUUAUUUUCUGUUGUUGGAGCAUUCACACCCGGCUGUUCUAACGCUCAUAUUCCUGAAUAUAUUAACCACUAUCAGGCAUUUCGAAAAGCAGGAUAUGAUCUAAUAGCUUGUGUUUCUGUCAAUGAUCCAUUUGUGAUGGCUGCUUGGUGUCGACAGACUAAAUCAGAAGGAAAGAUUAAAAUGCUUGCAGAUCCAAAAGGUGAUUUUACGAAAGCUCUGGGAAUGGAAUUAGAUUGUACAAAAUUACUUGGCAAUAUCAGAUCAAAACGUUAUUCCAUUGUCUUAGAAAACAGCAUUGUACAAAGUAUCAAUUUAGAACCAGAUCACACUGGAUUAGCAUGUUUACUUUGUAUAAAGAAUAUGAAAUCUCCUCAUUGAAAUUCCAACCUCAUUAUUCAUUGAAUCAUAUUCCAUCAUUGUCAAAAUAUGGCAACCUCAGCAUCUCCUGAAAACUGCUUCACUAAAAGUGAAUGCUUUGAAUCUCAGGUAUUCAAAACACAAACCCUACUAAACCAAACAACAACACUAAUUAUUAAAUAUUAAACUAUUUAAAAAUAGUUUCUCAAGAAAGACUUGUGAAAACAUCUUAUUCUACUAUGGAUGAAGAUUUCAUGAAAUUUCUUCUCUUGUGGAUGUUUCCAAAUAAAACCAGAUUUCUAGUGCCACCUUGCUGGACUGAACAUUUAUACAGUGAGUUAUUUUCUGAAUGGAAAGACAAUUUCAGCAGUAUACAUGGCGCUUACAGAAGGGCAGGAGUAAAUAAUGUUUGCAGUGACUAAUUAUGAUAUUAGUGUGUGUGUGUGAGAGAGAGAUAAUAUGUAACUGUGUGUUUGUGCAUUUGUGUGUGUAUAUGUAUACACACACGCAAAUUUCUAUGUAUAUUGUAUAUUAUGGGUAUUGGAAUGUUCAAUUCCCUGCAAUAAAAUUGUUACUCUACAA